AUGGUUUCUGCUAAGCAAAUUGUCAUUAAGAAUGAACCCACACCGGGUUACCCCUUCCAGUUUGAUAAACAUAGUGAUGACGCAACUUUCACCACUGUAGAGAAGAACAUUGAUGAAAAUGACUUAUCCGAUGGCGAGGUUCUAGUAGAAACUCAUUAUCUAUCAAAUGAUCCAGCACAGAAAUUUUGGAUUGCCUCAAUUGAUAAAAACUAUGCAAAGGGUGUUUCCAAAGGUGAGGUUAUUCCGGCCAGAGGAAUCGCAAAGGUUUUGGCUUCUAAGAACUCGAAGUUCUCAGUUGGUGAUUUCGUUUCUGCUAGAACUGGGUGGACGAGUCAUUGUAUUUUGAAAGACUCUGAUGGCGUAGAAUUAACUAAACUAGAUCUGACGAAAGUUAGUGAUCCAUCGUGGUAUUUAUCUGUAUUAGGUGGUACAGCAUUAACUGCAUAUUUUAUAUUUUAUCGCUAUGCUGAACUACAAGAGAGAGAAUCCGAUUACGGUAAGACAUUUUUAAUUUCGGGUGCUGCAGGAGCAGUUGGUUCGGUAUGUAUACAAAUUGCUUUGCAUAGAUUUAAAGCUGCAAAAGUUAUUGCUAUCGCUGGUGGCGCUGAGAAGGUGAAAUUUGUUGAAUCAUUUGGGAGCCGUGUUGUUGGUGUAGAUUAUAAGGAUCCCAGCUUUAAGGAUAAUUUACUAAAAGCAGCAGGUGGCCAAAACACAGUUGAUUAUUUUAUUGAUAACGUUGGUGGUGAGAUUUUAGAUUUUAGCACUGCAUUAUUAAAAGUCCAUGCAUAUAUUAUAGCAUGUGGUUCUAUCAGUGGUUACAAUGACCCAAGCAAACUGCCAUUCAAGAACUAUGUAAGUGUAGUGACCAAGAGGUUGACAAUUAAGGGUUUACUGCUUUAUGAUAACAAGGAAAAUUUCCCUGCAGGUUAUAGUAAGUUGUUAGAGAUGAUUGAAAGCAAUCAAUUGGAUGUCAGCAAAGCAGAAACAAUGGUUGAUGCAACUGGUGAAAAGUUUGAUGAUAUUCCUUUAAUUUGGAACAGUCUAUUUGAAGGGAGGAACAAGGGUAAGCUCAUCACUAAACUAAAGUAA